UUCCGUAAAGAAGCGAGUGACGUCAAGUAGCGGCCUUAAGAGUUUGUGGGUGAGGAACCAGAUAAGGGGGCCCUAAGAGAGAAGGGGGUCAUUGAAGGGCGAUUUUGUCCCAGGACGGCGAGGGGCCUCUUUAGACAGCUCGGAAACUCCACGCUCUUUACACUGCGAGCCGCGGGGCGCUUCAUCCACGUGUUCGGGGGUGAAAAGCCGCCCCAGGACCGCGGGUGACGUCCAAGAAGAAGCAUCUGUGCGGCGCCCGCCCAGGGCCGGGCACCCACCGUGCGUCUCUCUCCGACCGCCGGUCCCCGGAUGUGGGGGUCAUUUUCACGAACAACCUCUCGCCCUGUCCUGGGAAAUAACAAAGAAAAGGAAAUGAUGAGCCCUGGACUGCCUAGUUGUCCUCAGGAUGCGGUGACCUUCCCCGACGUGGCCGUGAGCUUCACCCCGGAGGAGUGGACAUGCCUGGACGCCGCUCAGAGGAAGCUCUACAGGGACGUGAUGCUGGAGACCUACCAGCACCUGCGGGCCAUCGGAAAUUUCGGGGAGCAGCCUGCUGUGAUCCCUGAGAUGGAGCAAGGGGACUGGAAGGCAGAGAACAGAGGCCUCUGUCCAGACCGGGACCCGGAACAGAAGCACAGGGACGUGACCUUUCAGCGUUUGGAAUUGGAUGGUGCGACAAACCACAAGCCAGAAAUGGGAAGCAACCCCCCGGGGUGGGACGGGUGCGAGGCCCAGCCGCCUGAGAAGGACCCGAGUGACCGUCCAUCCCUUCCCCUCCUCUCCAAGCCUCCCGUCGGAGGGAUCCCGCCGGACGACCGGCCGCAAGACGCGGGCUCCGUGCGGCUGCCGCCCCUGUCGCCCGGCCCCCCGUGCCCAGAGGCGGCGGCGGGCCUGACCCCACCACCGCCGGCGCCCCCGACCCUCCCCCCCUUCCCCUGCGACAGCUGCGGCAAGUGGUUCUGGAACCCGACCUCCCUGCACGCGCACCGGCAGCUGCACGCGGCCCUCAAGCCCCACGAGUGCAAGGAGUGCGGCCGGGCCUUCAAGACGGCGCGGCAGCUGCGGGUGCACGCCAAGACGCACACGGGCGAGAAGCCCUACACAUGCCAGGCGUGCGGCAAGGCGUUCACGCAGUCGUCCAGCCUGCGCCAGCACCUGCGCAUCCACACGGGCGAGAAGCCCUACACGUGCAAGGAGUGCGGCAAGGCGUUCACGCAGUCGUCCAGCCUGCGCCAGCACAUGCGCAUCCACACGGGUGAGAAGCCCUACGCGUGCCCCGAGUGCGGCAAGGCCUUCACGCAGUCCUCGGACCUCACCAUCCACCGGCGCACGCACACGGGCGAGAAGCCCUACGUGUGCGACGAGUGCGGCAAGGCCUUCGCCCAGUCGUCCAACCGCAGCCUGCACAUGCGCAUGCACGCGCGGGAGAAGCUGUGCGCCUGCAAGGAGCUGGCGGCCGUUGGGGGGACGCCGCCCCCAGCCCCGCUGCCGCCCCCGCCCCCGCCGCCCGCAGACCUCCCGCACCCGCUGAGCCCCCCGGCCGCGGAGAAGCCCUACCCGUGCGGCCAGUGCGAGCGGGCCUUCGCGUCGGCCUCGGGGCUCACCAAGCACCUGCGCACACACACGGGCGAGAAGCCCUUCCGCUGCGACGUGUGCGCCAAGGCCUUCAGCAGCCCGUCGUACGUGACCAUCCACAAGCGCUCGCACACGGGCGAGAAGCCCUUCGCCUGCGAGGUGUGCGGCAAGGCGUUCGCCGCCGCGCCGCUGCUCACCAUCCACCUGCGCUCGCACACGGGCGAGAAGCCCUUCCGCUGCAACAUCUGCGGCAAGACCUACCGCAACUCGUCCUACGUCACCAUCCACAAGCGCUUCCACACGGGCGAGAAGCCGUACGCGUGCAAGGAGUGCGGCAAGGCCUUCACGCAGUCCUCGGACCUCAGCAGCCACGCCAAGAUCCACACGGGCGAGAAGCCCUACGCGUGCCCCGAGUGCGGCAAGGCCUUCACCAAGCGCUCGGGCCUCACGGAGCACCUGAAGAUCCACACGGGCGAGAAGCCCUACCAGUGCGAGCAGUGCCGCAAGGCCUUCCCGUCCGCCUCGCGCCUCAAGAAGCACGCGCGCUCCCACGGUGGGGAGAAGCCCUACGCCUGCAAGGAGUGCGGCAAGGUCUUCACGCAGUGCGUCGAGCUGGCCGAGUACGUGGCCAUGUGCCCCGUGUGAAAAAGAGAAGCGGGCGGAACUUGGCCUUUGUCCUGCCCGUCUGUUUGUCGGCGCGGUGGGUCCCGGGCCUGGGGUGGGCAACCCUGCGCCCACGCCCGCUCCGGCUCGCUGAGCGAUUUUUGCCUUUAUUUAAAAAGAGAAAAGAUUAAAAAAAAUCCUCAGAGGCGCCGCAGAAAGAGUUUCAGGCACUUAUCUUGGCCCGCAGCCAUCCCUGGUUGGCAUCCCCGGUAACAGAGAGGGGCCCUCAGGAGCUGCCAGGGGUCGCUCCUCUGUUUGGGUGAGGGGGGAGUGAAACCAGGCGGACGGCUGGAGAGACAGGAGCACAGGUCAGGUGCUUGCUUUGCUGCACGUGGCCCACCCUGGUUGCGUCCCUGGUCCCAGCCGGGAGAGAUCCCUGAGCUCAGGGCCCCAGCACUAUGGGGGGGGGAGCCAGGAACAAAAAGUAUGGUCGGAUAAAUACAACAGUAUUCAUGGGCAGGGAAAGGUUCUAGGUAACCUUUCAAAAAGAAAACAGAUGGUGGCCAGAGCCAGAGCAAGGCUUGGAGGGGGCUGGCCUUGCGCACAGCUGACCCAGGUUCAAGACCCAGCACUACAUAUGUCUCCUGAGCACCGUCGGGAGUGAUCCUUGAGCCAGACCUAGGAGGUAAGCCCUGAGCACCACUGGGUGUGGCAAAAAAAAUAAAAAACCAAGUACUUAUGAUCAAGGGCAACCCUAGCAUCGAGAGCUUUCUGGACAAUUCAAGUGAGUUCUCGAGCAGAGCAAAUUGUGAACAGAGGGAAUCCUCGUGCUAAGUUAGAAUCCCUGUAAUAAACUGUUUGCUAUAUGA